AUGAUGAUGAUGAUAUUCAACUUUUUCUUUCUUCUCUCAUUUAUUAUUUCUCUAUUUUUUUUUCCUUCUCAUUCUUUUUCUCAUUUUUCUUCCUUUUUCCUCGUCCCCUCUUUUUCUUCCCCGUCCCCCUUCUUUUCCAUUCCUUUUUUUUCCUCGUCCUCACUUUUCAUCCGCGUUCUUUUUUCUCUUUGUCUUCUUCUUCCUCCUUUCCCUUUCUCUCCUUUUUCUCCCUUUCUCUCCCUCUUUCUCCAUUUCCUUAUUGAUUUAUUUUUCUUUAUUUCUCUUUCUUCCAAAUUCCUGCGGUUAUCUUUGAUCAGUUGGGAACUUCACUUCCAGUCAUUCUUCUUUCUUCCAUUUCAGACUUGCACUAUAACAAACUGUCGAAUUACCCCCUCCUCUCUCACCAGCUUUCUUCUUUUUUUUCCUCCCUUUUCUACUCUCCUGAGUGGUGGUCAUAUCCCCGCCUAUUUUAAUCCUACCUUUUCCAUAUCUCUCUCUCUCUCAAUCCUAACUCCUCCUCCUCUCUUAUUCCACCCUGUCCCUCAAUCCUACCUCUUCCAACAUUCACUAUCUAUCCCACCUCUUUCCCUUUCUCCUAAUUCUACUUCUUCCACCUCUUUUUCUUUCCUAAUCUUACUUUUCCCACCCAUUUCCGUUGCUGAUUUUUCUCACAAUCUCUUAUGCUUUUCUCUUUUCUUUUUAUUUCCUCUUCUACAGUUGAUUACUUCACAUGCAAUACGAGUGCAAACACCCCCACGACACAUUCCAGGAGUAGUGGAGGUAACCCUAUCCUACAAAUCAAAACAGUUUUGUAAAGGGGCUCCCGGAAGAUUUGUAUAUACAGCUCUAACAGAACCAACUAUAGACUACGGAUUUCAGAGGCUUAUGAAGCUGGUCCCAAGACAUCCAGGUGACCCAGAAAGACUACCCAAAGAGAUCAUCUUGAAAAGGGCUGCCGAUUUAGCCGAGGCCUUAUACAGCAUGCCACGCAAUCCCAACCAGUUGUCUCUGCCUGCCCCUCGUUCACCGGCAAUGAACAACACUUCAGCAAUGUCCAGCUUCAACACUUACACAAGCCAGCUGGCCGUUAGUGUCCAGGAUGCAGCGAAUGGUCAGUGGGAAGAAGUAGGCUACGGCCGAGGUCAAAGUUCAAGCGUAUCUCCCAGAGGUUAUGGAUCAAACGGUUCCACUCCACAUAGUAGUAGUAGUAGCAGCUAUAGCACAACUGGUAUGAAUGGAUACCAUGGAAGUGCAGGAGGACUGGGCAAUAUGGGAACUUGGCCUAUGUAUGGAUUUUAA